AUGAAGUAUUAGCUUAAUUGAAAUUUAUUGAUAGCAAAAUAUUCAAAUUGAUAAUUGAAAUGCUUAAAAAAGAGGCAAUUUCAGAUUCCCAAAGCUUUUAUCACAAGAUGAAAACCAAGAACGUUGGGUAGAACACAUUUUAGUUUAAAAUUUAUCACAGCAAGAUAAAUAAAAGAAGCUAAACUAGAUGA